AUUACUAAACCAAAAAUAGAAAGUGAAAAUAGACAUGAGUGAGACAACAUUGAAUUUUAUAGUGACGCUAAAAACAGGCGAAACAAAACGAUUUAGUAAAUCAUGUGAUUCAAAUAACUCAACAGAAUGCUUAAAUAUUUUACAUAAAAAUUGUGUAGCUUUACAAAAUGAAGUUAACGUGUACCUUACAACGCUGGUUGAGGAGGAAAGAAAUGUUACGAAUGUAAACAAUGGAUCUAAACAGAAUGAAUCAGCUGAUGACGAAGAUAUGAGUGAUGAUGAUGAAGAAGAUGAAGAUGUCGAUCCUGUUGAUUCGGAACCAAAUGUCCCUCAGGCUAAAAGACUGAAACAGUGACUGGAUGAGAUUUUAAAAAUCUCCUAACCAUAGGGCCUAUUAUUAUCUUACACUAAAUAAAAAUCAUUAAAUUGUACAUAUUAUUGUAUGAAAUUACUGGUCAUUUUGUAUUAAAACAUAUUCUUUCAAA